CGCGCGGGACGCACGCACUGAUGACGGGCUAGUUUACCAAAUGAAGACUCCGCGGAAUCGGAAUUCGCGAUCGACGUGCUUUAGUAACGAAAAACCCGCCGGUCAUUGUUGAUUGUGUGUUAUUUUUACAACAUCUAGGAUAAGACUCUUUAGGACUGUUCCCGUUUGUGGCUUAUGAGCCGAGAUGUUCCGAAGGCGCGGUGCCGAUGGCGCGGGCUGAGCGCGCUCGGCUAGGCGCCCAUGCGCGCCUGCCUCCUCGUGUGUGCGGCGCUCGCGCUCGCGGCGUGCCGGCCGCGCGCCGCCGCCGCCUCGCACGCCACGCACGCGGAGCCCGCGCGCCUAGAACACAUCAAGACACAGAUUCUGGCCAAGCUGGGCCUAACCUCCCGCCCCACGCCCCUCGGGACGCCCCCACGUGACGUCGUGCGACAGAUCCUGGCACGGGCAGACACACAUCCCGAGCCAGCGGCGCCGCAAGAGCAGAGCAUGAGGGAGAUCAUAGCUAUUGCUCAUAGAGGUGACGUUGAUGAGAAGGAAAUUAGUUUAGAAUAUGAUACAAUACAUCUUGAUGAAUUCAAUGUACUCCUAAAAUCAGGUGAUAGAAGUAACGUUCGUUAUUUUAAUGAAGGAAUAGGUUUCAAACGUUCAUUAGUAGCUAUGUACAUUGAUGUUGACGACAAGAAAACUGGUAUAAAACCUGAUACAAUACAUCCUGAUAAAUUAAAUGUACUUUAAAAAACAGGCCAUAGACAUAAUAUUCGGUACUUUAAUGAAGAAAUAGGUUAACGUUAAUUAAUUGAUAACCUUAAAAGAAAUAGGACGUAGAAAACAAAUGCGAUGUUCAUAGAAGUGACAUUAUAGUGAAUAUUAGUUUCAAACAUGUCUGAUUAUAUCAAAUUAUCAACUGUAGUCUGUAGUGUUCAAAACCUACUAAAGAGAGACAUAUUACAGUAUUAGUUACUCCUCAAAUAUAAUUCAAACACCCAUAAGCCAUAGGUGAAGUAUCAACUUCAAUUGUCAAUUAUUGUUAACAAUAUUAUCAAUAAUUGUUAACGAAGAAAUAGGUUUCAAAAAUCGCCUAGAGGUUAGUAACCUUAAAGAAUGAAAGGCUCAUAAUAUGUGUAGACUAUAGACAUGAUGCUAGUCAUCUUAAUAAAAAUACGUUUCAAAUGUGUCUGGGCCAUAGAAAUGAUGAUAAACGUAAAAAAGGUAGUCACAUGUUUAUGGCAGUCGCACAGGCGGAGUAGGAUUGUUACUGUUAUUUAUUUUUUUCCUUUCUUUACGUUAUGAUUUUAAUUUAUUCGUGUUCAUGUAUGAGUUUAUUAUGUAAUUUUAUUAAUUAAUAAUUCCUAAAUACCAGAAGACGUAUCCAAAUAAAGCAAUACCUAAAAAU